CACUGCAGGCUUUAAGCGAGUAUCUCGAGGAGUUAAGUGUCUGUCAAAAACUUCCAACGGAUGCCUCUUCUAAAGAGUGGCUUGUGGCUCUGGGAAACCGAAAGUAUGUUCUGAAGGAAUUCGGAACUGAGGUGGAUACUCUACGAACUCAAUUGAACUUGUUCAACAUGAACAGACAGUAAGUUUCUCCGUGUUCAAGGACGUUCAAGUUACUGACAUUCUGCUGCCUCGAUGGUGACGAUGUCAAGAAACCAAUCCUCAUAGAGAAAAGGGUAGACACUGGGCCACAAAGAUUUGCAUCUCGGAUGUUAGAUCCUGUGGCCUGGCGGCCAUCACAUAUCGAAAUUCCAGGUCUUGCCCCAAAGCCUGAGUUCGUCACGAUCGCGAUCAGCUCCGCGUACACGACGGCCGAUGCUAGAGGAAGGCCGAGGUCUGUGUACCUGGCGACGAGAUUGCUAGAUCAAUCCCAAAAACGACAGCGCGAUGAUGCAGAAGAUGUAUACCUGCCUGAAGAACAGAUCAGCGCUGAUUUCUUCAUGCAAAGCCAAAGAAAAACACUGACGAACAUAUUUGAUCAUUGGGGAAUCUUCGUCUCUCACGACCACGACUUGAUCGCCGGGAAGCUAUUUGAACUUAGGAAGGAUGAAGGUUCUAGUGUUGUCGAAGAAACACCUGGCAGAGUCAUUGUCCAGACCGAGAACGGAAAACCGAGGUGGACCCUCCAGCUGUGUGGCUAUACUGACCUCGAUAACGGAACGAUAACUAAGCUUGCGAAUGGAGUCAUCAGGAAGCUUGGUGAGAACUACAACAUAACUGCCGCCAACUGUCAAAAGUUCAGCGACAAGCUACUAUGCUGUAUUCAGCGAGUACACAACCGAGACGACGUGUUUCGGGGUUUAAACGAGCUACCGCGCGAGCAUGUCCCAUCCAUACUCAAGCGUCGUUGUAACGACUACCGAGCAUUCGGGUCUGAGCGCGAUCAGUGCCUUCGAAGACCUUCAGCAAAUGGGCCCAUGGCCACGGCUGAGGACCGCCUGAACCUCGUCAUCAUCUCAAUCGUAGUCGCUCUGAUAAACUCGGUGGUAGCAGAUAUGCGCGCGCAAAGAACGUCUGGACUAACGAUGGCUGCAAUACUGGUCAUUGGCUGUCUGCUGCCGAAAGCCCUGUUCGCAACCCUCUCGUACUCGUCACGAUUCAGGGCCUUCUGUAAUCGUCUGCUGCAGGGCGAACAAGGGCAAAAGCUCGAGGAGCUCAUUGAUGACAUCUGUGGUACGCCCGUCGAACAGAUCGUCCUCGUGGAUGUGAAAGAGAAGCUGAAAGCGGUGGCAUACAUAUGAUUUCCGGACGCAGGCGCCCUCCAAGCGGAGGUUUCCUUGCUGGGGUUACUGUUCCGUG